UGCAGGGUCGUUUCCAUGUUAAGAACACAACUGGACGGUUCUGUGGCGAAAUCGCGUGGACUGUCGAGGCUAAGGCGUAACUUCAAGCGGAUCCCGCUCAGACCCCAGUCACUUCGGAGUGGUGGGCCGAUAUGGUCAGAGUUGCUCCGCAAAACAUGUCCGUCUGUUGCAUCCAUGCCGUUGUUGCAUAGUGCCAAGUUGUAAUUCCAUCCAAAGUGUCACAAAUUCUUCCAUCUGAGAUCCAAUCAGCUGCUGAUGAUCGUUCAAAAAGCGAUGUUGGACAACAAGGCAGCGAUCCAUGAACGAGCUUGGAACGCCUUGGAUUGGCAAGCCUUAGCGCAGCACCACUUUGCUCCCGAGGCGACGACCGAGUCCUUGCGGCAGGUGGUGGCGCUCCAUGGCAGCAAGCGCUAUGGCCUACUUUCGGCCUGGGGCACUGCACUCUUGGGACGAAACCCGCCGGAGGAUUCGACCAAACCCGCGCUCGUUUGCAACAUCUCCAAUGACCGCUUGGAUACCAAAUAUUUCGAGCACUUCGCAGAUGAACCCUCUUAUGCCCUCUUCUCGCCGUCGCCGCUGAACACGGUGCCAGUGCCGCAGGACACGAUGCAGGCAGCCAUGGCGCGCCACCCGCACUUGGCCCGAAAGCUUUGGAGACUCAAAGAGCCACCAGAAGGCAAUCCCUUCGCUGGGCUCUUGCGGAGCUAUGGCCUGGAUCAGAUUUCACUGACCUUCCAAAUUCACCUGAUGCUGCUUUGCAUCUUCUAUGGCGAAGGGCGAGGGCUUUGGAGCGGCAUGGAUCUGGAGGUCUUUGAGGUGGGUGGUGGCUACGGGUCAUUGGUGUGGAUGGCUUCCAAAGCGAAGCUCUUUGGUUUUUCAGAGUUGGGCUUUAAAAGCUGGAGCGUCUUUGAUUUGGAGCAUGUGAGCGCCUUACAGGCGUGGUACUUGCAAGAAACGCUGCCCAAGAACAUCCACUUGGAGCGCUUUUGUGCUCGUGGGAUUGCUGUCCCACGUGGCUACUUGUCAAGUUACUUGUCAAGUCCUCCCAGCCACGCUCCUGAGAUGUGGAAACUGCCACGUCCCGUCGCGCCGGUGGUGCGGCUCGUGCAGACUAAGCUCAAGGACCUUUGGCUCUACAGCUACCGCACGAGUGUGUCGGUGCCCAGUUCUGUGCGUGUGAUGAUCGCCAGCUUUAGCUGGACUGAGUGCGAGAUGGAGGAGUUCUUGUGGUAUUUCAACCACAUCCUGCCCCUCUGCGACUAUUUGCUUCUGGGCUAUUCCACGAACUGGCCGCAAUUUGCGUUGAAAUACUCCUUGAUUCUGCAGCAUAUGACUCCCAUGGAGGAAUAUGCCAUCACAGACGCCACGAGCUCGGUGGAUCACGAGCUCCACGAGGCGGUGCAGGAGGUGGCCCAGCGCGUGGGCUCCAGCACGGACUGUGUGUUGGCAGCGCCCUGGGGCGACAGCUUGGUGCAGUGCUGUGCAGUGGCCGGGUAUCCGGAGGCCACGGGAACCGGUUGUUGGCCCGAGGAACAGAACAGGACCGACCGUAUCAAUGCAUGCUGCCAUGAGCUCAUGUCAGCAUUGAUCUACGGCACGGAGACCUUAAAGCAGGAGCAAAAGUUCCUGACAGCUGCUGCCCUGGGCCUUUGGCUCAAGAGGACCUUCAAAGCUAUCCCGCCUCAAAAACUUUUGCUGAUUGUGCAAAAUGCGAUGUUGAAGCACAAAGAGGCCAUCCAUGCGCGCGCCUGGGAUGCCUUGGACUGGCGGGCACUGGCACAGCAUCAGUUUGGCUUGGAGGAGACGCAGCAGUCGCUGGGAGAGGUGAUCGCUCAGCAGGGCAGCAAGGACUAUGCACUCACAAGCGCAUGGGGUAGCGCGCUCUUGGGAAGACCGAGGGAUGACACAGACCAGGUGAGGCUCAUUUGCAAUGUGUCUUCCGAGCGCUUUGACCCGAAGCACUUCGAGUUCUUCGCUGAUGAGCCUGCCUAUGCCUUCUUCUCGCCUUCGCCGUUGAACAUUGUGGAGGUGUGGGCGGAGACCAUGGCCGCUGCCAUGUCAAGGCAUCCGCGCCUGGCGAAGGCCUUGUGGCAGCUCACCGAGCCUCCGCAGGGCAAUCCCUUCGCCGAGCUGCUACGGAGCUACGACAUGCACCAGGUUUCUCUGAACUUCCGGACCGGAGUCAUGGCCAUGUGCAUCUUCUACGGCCUGGGACAGCGCGGGGCCUGGACCAGUGGACACUCGGACUUGGAGGUCUUCGAGGUGGGCGGUGGCUAUGGGUCCUUGGCAUGGAUGGCUGCAAAGGCGAGUCUCCACGCUCGCUUCUCGGAGUUGGGCUUCAAGAGCUGGAGCAUCUUCGAUUUGGAGCACGUGAGCGCCUUGCAGGCUUGGUACCUGAGAGAGACGCUGCCCAAGAACAUCCACUUGGAGCGCUUUUGUGCCCAUGGCAUUGCCGCCCAGCGCGGUGGCUACUUCUGGGGUCCUCGGGGUCAAGCGCCUGAGAGCUGGCAGCUACCGUCCCCGGAUCGGGUGCCUUUGGUGCGACUGAUUGAGACGAAGCUCAAGGAGUCCGAGUGGAUGUCGGCCUUUCCUUCGUAA